AGAACAGGCUGGGGGUGGCCUCUGCGUGGAGAUGGGGGGGCGGUGGCGGCCACAGCGGAGGCUCCAGGAGGUGACCGCCUGAUUUCCAUCAGGGAGCCUGGUCGGCAGCUCGGGCAAGAAGGCAGAGCUGGGGCUGGCCAUGCGGCUGAGCCUGCUGCUGCUCCUGCUGCUGCCCGGCCCCCCACCCGCCUUGGGCAUGGAGGACGCUGCCUUCCCCCACCCUGGGGAGAGCUCGCAGCCCCCGCCUCGGGCCUGCCCGCUGCGCUGCUCCUGCCCCCGGGACGACACAGUGGACUGCGACGGCCUGGACCUGCAGGUGUUCCCGGACAACAUCACCAGGGCGGCCCAGCACCUCUCCCUGCAGAACAACCAACUCCAGGAGCUCCCCUACAACGAGCUGUCGCGCCUCAGCAGCCUGCGGACCCUCAACCUCCACAACAACCUCAUCUCCUCCGAGGGCCUGCCCGACGAGGCCUUCGAGUCGCUCACGCAGCUGCAGCACAUCUCCGUGGCCCAGAACAAGGUGAGCCCCCCCGGCGCGGGGCCCCCAGCGCCGUGCAGCUGGACGGCAUGGGGCGGGGGGGCAGCAGGACCAGCUCAGCUUGCCCCGCAGCUCUCGGUGGCCCCACAGUUCCUGCCUCGCUCCCUCCGGGUCGCAGACCUGGCUGCCAACCAAAUGACGGAGAUCUUCCCUCUCACCUUUGGGGAGAAGCCGGCGCUCAGGGCCGUGUACCUCCACAACAACCAGCUGGGCAACGCCGGCCUGCCCCCCGACGCCUUCCGCGGCUCUGCGGCCGUCGCCACUCUCAGCCUCUCCAGCAACCGGCUCCGCUACGUGCCGCCCAGCCUGCCGCCCGCGCUGGAGCGCCUCCACCUGCAGAACAACCUCAUCUCCAAGGUGCCCCGAGGGGCCCUGAGCCGCCAGACCCACCUUCGUGAGCUCCACCUCCAGCACAACCAGCUGACAGACAGCGGCCUGGACGCCACCACCUUCAGCAAGCUGCACCGUCUCGAGUACCUGGACCUGUCCCACAACCAGCUGGCCGCGGUGCCCGCCGGCCUGCCCCGCACCCUGGCAGUGCUGCACCUGGGCCGCAACCGCAUCCGGCAGGUGGAGGCGGCGCGGCUGCGUGGGGCACGGGGCCUGCGCUACCUGCUGCUGCAGCACAACCCGCUGGGGGCGGCUGGGCUGCCUGCCGGGGCGCUGCGGCCGCUGCGGGGCCUCCACACGCUGCACCUCUACGGCAACGGGCUGGACCGCGUGCCGCCCGCGCUGCCCCGCCGCCUGCGGGCCCUGGUGCUGCCCCACAACCGCGUGGCCAUGCUGGGAGCCCGUGACCUGGCCGCCACGCCGGGCCUCACCGAGCUCAACCUGGCCUACAACCGCCUGGCCAGUGCCCACGUGCACCCCCGGGCCUUCCGGCGGCUGCGUGCCCUGCGCAGCCUCGACCUGGCCGGCAACCAGCUGACACGGCUACCCGCCGGCCUGCCCGCCGGCCUGCACACCCUGCGGCUGCAGCGGAACCAGCUGCGGGCCCUCGAGCCCGAGCCGCUGGUGGGCCUGGACCAGCUGCGGGACCUCAGCCUGGCACACAACCAGCUCCGAGUGGGCGACAUUGGGCCCGGCACCUGGCAUGAACUGCAGGCCCUCCAGGUCAGGGGUGGGCUGGUGCUGGACCUGAGUCACAACCAGCUGUCCUUCAUGCCCCCUGACCUGCCUGAGGCCCUGGAGGAGCUGCACCUGCAGGGCAACCGCAUCAGCUAUGUGGGCCCCGAGGCCUUCCUCAGCACGCCCCGCCUGCGUGCCCUCUUCCUCAGGGCCAACAGGCUUCACAUGACCAGCAUCGCACCCGAGGCCUUCCUGGGCCUCCCGCACCUGCGUGUUGUGGACACAGCAGGUAACCCUGAGCAGGUCCUGGUCCGGCUGCCACCUACAGCCCCACGUCGGCCACGGGCAGAGGGCCCCUGAACCCAGAGGGGCCCAGCAGUGCAGCCCAGGCCCCCGGGGCUCCGCUGGGCCAUGGACUAAGGAGACGGCGCCCAACUGGGGCUCCACCUGGCUCUCCCAGACCUCGAGGGCUGGGCCUGCCUGAGCCAUGCUGGGUGGGGACACUGCCUCCACUCACAGAAUGGAACAGAAGCACGCGGCUCACAUCCCAGGCGCCAGAGCACGCCGGCCCUGCCCCCCACCCCACACAGACAGAGACAGCGACAAUAAAGUCUAACCCUUUGAAUUGCUCA